AUGGUGCCAGUUGAUUCAGAUGAUCUGUGGCAUGCGUUCAAUUUGAUAGCUCCGGGAGACACUGUUAUGGCUGUUACUGUUAGGAAAGUCAUCAGAGAGAUGGCUUCUGGAGGAAGAGAUGCAGAACGAGUGAAACUCAAGCUAGAAAUAAAAGUUGAGGAGGUGGCAGAUUAUGACAAAGUUGGAUCUGUUUUGCGGAUACGUGGAAGAAAUGUUCUGGAAAAUGAAUAUGUGAAGAUAGGGGCUUACCAUACUUUAGAACUUGAGCUGAACCGGCCAUUUGUUUUGAGAAAGGAUGUUUGGGACUCUUUUGCUCUAGAUGUACUCCAUCAAGCUUCUGAUCCUGCCGCUAGUGCUGAUUUGGCUGUGGUUUUGAUGCAAGAAGGAUUGGCACAUGUUCUCCUUGUUGGAAAAAGUAUGACAAUUACUCGAGCCAGAAUAGAAACUUCAAUUCCUCGCAAGCAUGGGCCUGCUAUUGCUGGUUAUGAGUCGGCCUUGAAUAAAUUCUUUGAGAAUGUUUUGCAGGCUUUCUUGAAGUAUGUUGAUUUUAAUGUCGUACGCUGUGCAGUGAUAGCUAGUCCUGGAUUUACAAAGGACCAGUUCCAUCGGCACUUAUUAUUGGAAGCUGAAAGAAGACAACUAAGACCUAUUAUUGAGAACAAAUCACGUGUAGUUCUUGUACAUACAAGCUCAGGAUACAAGCAUAGUUUACGAGAAGUCUUGGAUGCUUCAAACGUCAUGAAUUUGAUAAAAGACACUAAAGCAGCUCAAGAGGUGCGAGCGCUAAAGGUUUUCUUCAGCAUGCUCUCAAAUGACUCAGACCGUGCUUGUUAUGGACCGAAGCAUGUCGAGGUUGCCCAUGAACGAAUGGCUAUCCAAACGCUUCUCAUUACCGACGAUCUCUUCAGGAAUAACGAUAUAACGGUGCGACAAAGGUACGUCAAUUUAGUUGAUUCAGUUAGGGAUUCGGGAGGUGCCGUCCAUAUAUUUUCGUCUAUGCACGUCUCCGGAGAACAACUAGCUCAGAUAACUGGCAUUGCAGCAAUUCUACGUUUUCCGCUACCAGAGCUCGAAGACAUCGAGAUGUAAUUAUUGUUGUGUGGAUGAAUUUUUAUAAAGUUGUUUUUUCCCUAAAAGAAAUUAAGUUUUCGGCCAUUGGUCUGCAUGUAAUAAGACGUUGCUGUCUCUGUAUUGUUCUAAUUUGUAGAUUGAAUAAACAUUCUAGCCUAUAUAUGUAUACACAAAGUGUAUGUCUUAUUGCCAAGCAA